GUGGGAGGAGGGCUCAGGCACUGUGAUAUGGGGUGUGUGGCCGGAGACUAAUACAGGAUGUAAAACACGUACAGAGACAAACAAGACCUUUAGCCCAGUUCCACCACCCCAAGCCGCUCUCCCUGACCUGCCCAUCUAGUGCUGUCCCUCCCUGCACUCUGUAUCCCUGUACCUCCCCCUUCUCCUCAUCCCGCAGGAUCCCUCUGAUCCGCUGCUGUCUCUCCUCUGCUGCUGCCGCUAACAUGCCGUCCUUCUCCGUGCGGACAGUGGGGCCGUGCUCCCGAGCAGUUAGAGCAUGGGUGGUGUCACAGCGAGUGAGUUGCCGGAAGGCACAUGCAGUGCGUGUCCUCAGUGGGCAAAUGGAACAUCUCCCUCCUGCGGUCAGAGAAUUUGUGAUAAGAGGAGCUGAACUGUGUGAUCCCCAAAACAUCCACAUAUGUGACGGCACUCCUGCAGAAAAUGACACUAUCCUAACCGUGUUACAGCAAGAGGGUAUGCUGAAGAAACUGCACAAGUACCCCAACUGCUGGUUGGCUAGAACUGACCCAAAAGAUGUAGCUCGAGUUGAGAGUAAGACGGUUAUAGUGACUGAAAACCAGCGGGAGACUGUUCCAAUUCCUGCGGAUGGAGUAAAGGGACAGCUGGGGAACUGGAUGUCUCCACAAGAGUUUGAGAGAGCAAAGAGUGAUCGUUUCCCUGGAUGUAUGAGAGGCCGUACUAUGUAUGUAUUGCCAUUCAGUAUGGGCCCAGUUGGUUCUCCUCUGUCCAAAUACGGGGUGCAGCUCACAGACUCCCCUUAUGUAGUGGCCAGCAUGCGGAUCAUGACUCGGAUGGGUUCUCCAGUCAUAGAAGCACUGAGAGAGAGUGACUUUGUAAAAUGUCUACACUCUGUGGGGCAGCCACUACCCCUGAAAGCACCCUUGGUGAACUCAUGGCCCUGCAACCCUGAAAAGACACUCAUUGCCCAUGUUCCUGAUAACCGAGAGAUUGUGUCCUUUGGUAGUGGAUAUGGAGGAAAUUCUCUUUUGGGGAAAAAAUGCUUCGCUCUGCGUAUUGCCUCCCGAAUUGCCAAGGAUGAGGGCUGGUUGGCGGAGCAUAUGCUGAUUUUGGGUAUCACAAAUCCAGCUGGACGUAAGAGAUACAUUGCUGCUGCCUUUCCAAGUGCUUGUGGAAAAACAAAUCUUGCAAUGAUGCAGCCAACGCUGCCUGGCUGGAAAGUUCAGUGUGUGGGAGAUGACAUUGCCUGGAUGAAGUUUGAUAGUAAAGGACGUCUCCGUGCUAUUAAUCCAGAAAAUGGCUUUUUUGGAGUUGCUCCUGGGACUUCUAUAAAGACAAAUCCCAAUGCACUUCGUACAGUGGAAAAGAAUACAGUCUUCACCAAUGUGGGCGAGACAAGUGAAGGUGGGGUAUAUUGGGAGGGACUGGAUCAAGAACUACCACCUGGAGUCGCAGUAACCUCAUGGUUAGGAAAGCCCUGGAACAAAGGAGAUAAAGAUCCCUGUGCACACCCAAAUUCGCGCUUCUGUGCCCCUGCUGCUCAGUGCCCCAUUAUGGAUGAGGCUUGGGAGUCCCCAGAGGGUGUUCCCAUAGAUGCAAUUAUCUUUGGUGGGAGAAGACCUGAGGGUGUGCCUCUGGUCUAUGAGAGCUUUAACUGGAAUCAUGGGGUAUUUGUCGGGGCUGCUAUGAGGUCUGAAUCCACAGCAGCUGCAGAGCAUAAAGGUAAAGUUAUCAUGCAUGAUCCAUUUGCAAUGAGACCUUUCUUUGGCUACAAUUUUGGCCACUACCUCUCUCACUGGCUGAGCCUGCAGAACAGGGAUGGACUUCAACUUCCUAAAAUUUUCCAUGUCAACUGGUUCCGAAAAGAUGAGAAGGGACAGUUCUUGUGGCCAGGCUUUGGAGAGAAUUCUCGUGUGCUAGACUGGAUCUUCCGUAGGGUAGAAGGAGAAGAGAGUGCUCGGCAGACUGCUAUUGGCUAUCUCCCUGCUGAGGGGGCAUUGAAUCUGAAUGGGCUGGGUGGAGUUGACACAGAUCAGCUGUUUUCACUCCCUAAAGGAUUUUGGGAAAAAGAGGUACAAGAGAUAGGGAAAUACCUGACAGAGCAAGUGACUGAUGAUUUGCCCCCCAAAAUCAUGGAGGAGCUUCAGGGCCUAGAGGGCAGAGUAAGAAAAAUCUAAAACGGUAUGGGAGAAAUAAAAUGCCAAAAAGGAGAUUAGGGAAACUCCUCUAUGUAGAUGGAGCACAAUUGCCUAAUUUCACUUUGUUUCCAUAACUUCCUGCAACAUGACACAAUUUGGGACAUCACAAGCACCUACCCUGCAUCUAAUGAAACAUAAACUUUGGGAAAAGAACAUGAACGGCAUAAGCUUCAUACAGUGAGCCAAAGACUUAAGCAUAUACAGGGAGAAAAAGGAUAGCAUAAAUGCAGGAUGGCUGUCUAAAGCCUUAAUGCAACCAAAGAUUUGUCUGCCUCCUGCUGUAGGAGGUGAUCUCAGGAAUUAUGAUUUUUAUAUGCAAAUAAACUUUUUUUUUUUCA